UAGGGCGACUUCCGUAUCAUGACAACGUCGUGACGCGGGUUCUCCUGUUCGUUGUGCGCCAGUUGGGAAGCCAGCACCCCCUUGCCCAGCCCGCUUGCCCAGCCCGCUUGCCAUGGCCGCCAACCCGCGAGUUUUCUUCGACGUCUCCGCCGGCGGCAAACCGCUCGGCCGUGUGGUGAUGGAGCUCAGAGCCGACGUCGUCCCCAAGACGGCGGAGAACUUCCGAGCGCUGUGCACCGGCGAGAAGGGGUACGGCUACAAGAGCUCCACUUUCCACCGCGUCAUCCCGGGGUUCAUGUGCCAGGGUGGAGACUUCACCCACCACGACGGAACCGGCGGCAAGUCCAUCUACGGAGAAAAGUUCGCUGACGAGAACUUCACGCUGAAGCACAUGGGUCCGGGUACCCUUUCCAUGGCCAACGCUGGACCCAACACCAACGGAUCCCAGUUCUUCAUCUGCACAGAUAAAACAGCCUGGCUGGAUGGGAAGCACGUUGUCUUCGGUAAAGUGGUGGAUGGCCUGGACGUCAUCAAAGCGGUGGAGGGUUACGGUUCCGAGAACGGUAAAACCUCGACCAAAAUCACCGUCGCCGACUGUGGGCAGCUCUGAACAGUCGUCGUCGUCGUCCCCCCCGACUCACCCUGCAGCACCCCCCGCAUCCCCCCCAUCGUCAUUCUACAUUCCUGUUGAUGGAGACGUGUUGUACCCAAACUCGCCACCCUUUUCUGCUCUUCAGGCCAUGUUGCAUUUGUGACUUUGCCUGAGAACUUUCUUUUGCGAGAAACCUAAAAAAUAAGGAAGACGUAGUGACGCCAGUACCAAACCGUCCCGCCUACAAAGUACCGUACUGCCUUUACGCAGUUAAUUUUAUUAUUGGGGAAAUUCCACAUUCAGAAGAAGAGAUGGACGGACUCCGAACCACAUUCCAGACAUUUUCACCAAGAGCUGCACCAAUAUGGCACUGCGACAAGAGGACUUCAAAACAAGAACUCGAUUAGGACCAAUUGUGUUUUUGAUAAAUUUCUUAUCGACUGACAACACUUUAUUGUUAAGAAAAAAAAUUUUAUUUUUUAAUUUUUUCAAUUCUCCUUUUGUUUUGCGGCAUGAACAGUUUUUGUUGGUUCAUGAUGUCAUGUACAUGUGUUUUGUGCAGUAAAGGAAAAAAAUACAAAGUGCCGUCCAAAAGUAAAAGUAAAAAAUUCUUUCUAUUCUACUGUCAUAUAGUCAAUGCCGCUUCUGAAAUGUCCUGUGUUGAACAAUGAAAAAUAAUAUAAAAAUAUGAAUAUGAUGUGAGGGUCUCAGGACAGGCUGUUGUUGCUGUAAAGCCCCUUGAGGUGAAUUUGUAAUUUGUGAUGUUGGGCUGUAACGAAUAAAACGGACUUGACUAUUAUAA